CAGUCUUCACGGAUUUGGCCUUCCCCGGCUUUAGCUUUUUCCCGACAACUUUAGUGAAUGCCUGAGCUAUGCAUGCCUUGCUGCCCAAGUCUUACAGAGGAGAAGUCAUUUCCCCGGGGAGAUCCAGGAAUCUUGGGAGAUGGUAAUACUCCAAACACCAGACUUCCAGCCAUAGCAGCUCCUCGGGAUACUAAAAACGAGAGAAGGCCAGGCUGUGGAGUUGGGGGGCGGGGGGAGGGGAAGAAAGAAAGAAACUACAUUCACAUCUUUCCCGAUUGGGGGCAAGAGACGCGGGGCGGGGGAGGGGAUUCUCCUAAACCUCAAACCGGAAUCUUCUUGUUUGCCUGGAUCACGCUGUGCAUUAUUUUACUGUCAUCUGAGCAGCUAAUCUCGUGCCGAUGGGCUGCAUGAGAUAAGUUUCUUAGCAAGCAGUGAUUGCUGCCAUAAAGAUUAAUAAUACCCCCCCCCCUUCUUAUUCUCUCACCCCCACUACCAAAGGGGAAGUGAAAGGAACAGCAAGCUGGAAUCCAGACUCAUAUAGACUCUUAGCAUUUCCACUAUAUAAAUGAAUCUACCUACACACAUGUACGUAUAUUUAAUGUGUUUUCGUGUAUGUGUGUAUAUAUACCGUAAAAGAUUUAAAGAGCACUUCUACAUGACCUUAUUGGUUCUUGUGUGUUUUAACUCGGACAGAUGUGACAGAUGUGCCUUCUACUGGAAGGACAGUUGUGUCUGAAUCGCCACUGCAAGGAAGUUGUACUUUGCAACUUUGUUCAGUUUUCCCAAACGCAUUUGUAUUGUGAAACCGAAAAACUGAAAGGGAAAUAACGGGCCUGGGCCAGGUGGGGAACAAGGGAGUUCCCGUAUUCACUUCCGAAAUCUCCUUGAGGAAGCUGCAGCUUUUAAAAGUUUAUUAUUUUUAUCAUCAUCAUUAUUUUUAAUAAACUUUCUUUUCUCCUUUAAGAACGGAGUACUGGUGCUGGUCAGCCCACCCUUUACCCUAACAUUUCCCUCCCUCUCUCUCUAGACCCCACCCCUAUCAAAAGGUUUCAUUCCUCAGGGCUAUACCUUUUGGUUCCUUUUCUACCUUAAAGAUUUUGAGAUCUGGAAUGACUGAGAAAGGGGAAAGACUGUGGGGUGGUUUGCUGUGAGGGCCUGGGAGGGAAAAGGAGGCGGCGUCCCCUUUAAAAGCAGGCACUGUGCUGCCACAGCGCCGCCGCCGCCGCCGCCGCCGCUGCUGCUGCUGCUGCUGCCGCCGCCGCCGCUGCUGCCGCCGCCGCCGCCGCUGCUGCUGCUCCUGCCACAGCAGGAGUUCUCUCCUCUCCCUGCUCUCACUCCCUCCGGCGAGUCCCAGUUCCCACAGGCGGCCUGUGAUUGGCAGAGAAGUCUCAAGCCCCCGAGGUCGUGACAUCAGCAGCAGCCAAGAAACAAAAAGCAUAAGGAGGCAUCAAACCGCCUCAAUCAAUUUACAGCAAGAAGACAACACACACACGCGCGAGUAGAAGGAGGCUGGAAAUUUGUGUGUGCACUUGAGAGGAACUCGAGAGUAAAGUGUCUUCUGUUACCCAUCCCGAACUGCUUCGCCAUUCAGGACAGACUAAAGAGAACCAGGGAGGGUGAAAGAAAUAUCUGGGCGGGGGGGAAGUCGAAAUUUAAUGCCUGGGACCUGCAGUAUCGCACACCCGUCUGAAGCGGCCAAGUGCCCAUCUCUCCGUCUAGGGAUGCAAAGCGCCCAGUUUUUCGUUUGAAAAGAAGAAAAUUUACUUUUCUAUACCCAUAGAUACAUGAUUCGUCUCAACUUACUGACACAAAGGACAAGACAACUUGUUGAUUGCUGUGUGUGCAAGCAAAAAGAAAAAAUUUUUAAGAAAAGGAAAACCACCAGCCUGGUUUGACUGGGACUGCCUGCUGACUAACCAUCUGCUGAAAGUAUGCUUCAGAGGCGGGCUGGACUUUGGAGAUUUUCUAUUUUCUGCUUAACAGCUGUAAGAGAGGCAAGUUUGGAGUAACACCAAGUGAUGCGGAAAAAAAACACACCGAGAGCAGAAAACUCUCCUGCAGACGCCAGCCUUGCCGCCGCUGCUGCCUUUGCCGCUGCCACCCCUGCUCAGCCUAACCUCCUUGGACUCCCCUACAGGUACAACCCAGGCAAUCUCAGCCCACCCCCCGCAGCAGGGAUACACCUCUGGGCACCUUUUUCUCAGGAUGUGUUCCCAAAACGAUGGGCUGCAGAGGAGCUAGAGAAGGGUUCGAGAGACACAACCCCCCUCUUUUAUCCGUCCCGGAGGAAAAGGCAGCCAGCGGGUGGUUUUUCCUAAGGACGACUUCAGAACUUUUUCCCCCCUUCCUCCCCCCUCCUCCUCCUCCUUCUCGCUGUUGUUAUGUGUCAGCACUUGGCUGAGGACUUCUUGAACUUGCAGAGAAAAUAACUACCCCCAAACCCCCUUCAAAACUGGUGACUUUUCAACCGCGGGGAGAAUUUAUUUUCCAUUUACCCUCUCCCCCUCCUGGACCCCCAGCUUCUCUUCCUGGAGAGUCGGAUCAUCUCUGCUGCCACCCGGGAAAGGGGGGGCCGCCUCGACAGGCACCAGGGAGGAGGAACGGAUACAAAAAUCACAGCUUCAAUCUCCACCGCCAGAGAUUUUUCCAUGUGGAGGCUGUUUCAAUGGACGUGCCCCCGUGUGCUUCUUAGUCAAUCGGCAGUCUCCUAAAGGUUGACCAUGGUUGCCGGGAUCCGCUCUCUUCUAGCGCUGCUGCUUUACCAAGUCUUGCUGGGUGAUUCGGCCGGCCUCAUCCCGGAGGUGGGCCGGAGGAAGUUCGCUGAAUCCGGCCGCUCCACACCGCAGCAGUCAGAAGAAAUCCUGAGCGAGUUUGAGCUACGACUGCUCAGUAUGUUCGGUCUGAAGCAGAGACCGAGCCCCAGCAAAAACGCGAUCAUCCCCCCCUACAUGCUAGACCUCUACCGCCUGCAUUCGGGCCAACUGGGGGAUCCCACCAUGGACUACCAGCUGGAGAGAGCAACCAGCCGAGCUAAUACUGUCAGAAGCUUCCACCAUGAAGAAUCUUUGGAAGAGCUGCCAGAAACAAAUGGGAAAACAGUCCGGCGUUUCUUCUUUAAUUUAACUUCCAUCCCCAAUGAGGAACUUAUCACCUCAGCUGAACUUAAGGUUUUUCGGGAGCAGGUGCAGGAAGCUUUUGAAAAUAACAGCAAUCACCAUCACCGUAUUAAUAUUUAUGAAAUUAUUAAGCCAGCAACAUUCAUCUCUGAAUACCCCAUCACAAGACUAUUGGACACAAGGUUGGUAAAUCAUAAUGCAAGUAAAUGGGAAAACUUUGAUGUCACACCCGCUGUGAUGAGGUGGAUUGCACAGGGACAGGCAAACCACGGGUUUGUGGUAGAAGUGAUUCACUUGGAUGAUGACAGAGCAGUCUCCAAGAGACACGUAAGGAUUAGUAGGUCUUUGCAUCAGGACGAUCAUAGCUGGUCACAGAUAAGACCAUUACUAGUAACUUUUGGCCACGAUGGCAAAGGACACCCUCUCCACAAAAGAGAAAAGCGUCAAGCAAAACACAAACAGCGGAAACGCCUCAAGUCCAGUUGCAAGCGACAUCCUUUAUAUGUAGACUUCAGUGACGUGGGGUGGAAUGACUGGAUUGUUGCCCCGCCGGGGUAUCAUGCCUUUUACUGCCAUGGGGAAUGCCCUUUUCCAUUGGCUGAUCACCUGAACUCAACAAAUCAUGCCAUUGUUCAGACUUUGGUCAAUUCAGUUAACUCCAAAAUCCCCAAGGCAUGCUGUGUACCAACAGAACUCAGUGCUAUCUCCAUGCUCUACCUUGAUGAAAAUGAAAAAGUCGUGUUAAAGAAUUAUCAAGAUAUGGUUGUGGAGGGAUGUGGGUGUCGUUAGCACAGCAGAAUUUUUAAAAAUAUAUAUUAGACAAAAGCAAAAAAAAAAACACAAGUUGACACUUUAAUAUUUCCCAAUGAAGACUUUAUUUAUGUAAUGAAAUGAAAAAAAAAACACAGCUAUUUUGAAAAUAUAUUUAUGUCUACAAAAAGUUGGGAAAACAAAUAUUUUAAUCAGAGAAUUAUUCCUUAAAGAUUUUAAAUGUAUUUUAGUUGUACAUUUUAUAUGGGUUCAACCCCAGCACAUGAAGUAUAAUGGUCAGAUUCUUAUUUUGUAUUUAUUUACUAUUAUAACCACUUUUUAGAAAAUAGAUAAUUUGUAUUUAUAUGUAAUCAAAAGAAAUAUAGGGUUUGUACAUAAUUUUCCAAAAUUGUAGCUGUUUCAGUUGUGUGUAUUUAAGUUGAAAAGUAUACAUGGAAGGUUACUAUGGCAAAGUGCAUAGCACAUUUGCUUUUUUGCAGUGCUACUGUUAAGGUCACAAGUUCAAGUCCAGAAAAAAAAAAGUGGAUAAUCCACUCUGCUGACUUUCAAGAUUAUUAUAUUGUACAAUUCUCAGGAAUGCUGCAGGGUGGGCUGUCCAAUCCAUGAGAACUGGCAUCUUCGUUAGGCGGAAUCUUUGGAUAAGAACCAGACAUUGCUGAUCUAAUAGAAAUACUGAAGUUCCCAACUAAUUUGCAGAGCGAUUACAGCAGGGCCAAUCGAAACCUUUAGUAAAAUGUUUGAACUUAUAGGAAAGUGAAUGAUGGCUUGUUAUUCUUCUUUCCUUAACUAGUAACCCCUUUAAAUAGCUGUCCUGGCCAAAGCAUUAAAUAAAAUGUAAGAGUUCUUCAUUAUUGAUAUUGUGGUCACGUAUAUUUAAAACUUCCUGUUGGCCCUCGUCUUAAGAGAUGGGAAUAAGUCUUUUAAAAAAAACAAACCAAGAAAAACUUACAUGGGAGCUCAUUAAACUAAAAUGAUCCCUGUUUUCAAAUUUUGCCCCCAGUAAAACAAAAUAUUGUCAUCCAUAGUUUCUGUCUACCCCAGUGCUGUCUGUCAAAUUCACUUGCUUUUCUUUCUAAGAUUUUGUGUUUGAACGCAUUUUCCAAAUGUUAAACCUACUUCAGAUAAUAAAUAUUGGAACUCUGA